AUGGUUUCCAAAACCAAGCGAGCUACUACUACCGCAGCAAGAAGGGCGGCUACACGCAUGCGUGCAUCCGGGGAAAGCACCUCUCACGCCUCAGCAGCAGGCGAUUCGUCACCUGUUGUCGUGUAUUUUCCACGUGGUGAGUCAACACGUGCGACAGGUACAUCCGUUGCGUCUGCAGCAGGCACCACAAGUCGUAAUCAAGACGAUUCUGAGAUAGAGCUCAACUAUUCCGGCGAGCCGGAUGAUGCAUCCGACUCGAGGGUGACUCCUCACGCCUCGGGGUCACCCGGGGUGGACACUGCAACAGCCAGGUUGACUGCCUCUGGUCAGCGCGGCAGCAUCAUGACCGAGAUCUUCGGAUCAAGUGAUUACUCCGAUAAGUCUCCGCCUCACGCAAGUCCAUCCCGCGAUAGGACGCGUGGAGAUGGUGGUGAUGCACCUAUGCAUCACCACAAGCGAAUUAACUCGAGGGAUCGGGGUAAUACUGGUGCCAGUGCUCAUGCUGGCACCAAUCAAGAGGCCAGGGACCGAAAUGUCAUGCGCCACGCUCCUCAAGUGGAGUCUCCAUGGAUGCCGCCAUCCAGAAAGUUGGAUCGGCUGACCGGCACGACUACCGAACGGGAUCGAAUCCCGUUGUUCGAUUGCAGGAAGAUUUGA